AUGCCAUCGCCAAAGCUCCCGUCAAAGCUCCCGUCAGAUCUUCCAUCAAAUCUCCCAACAAAGCUCCCGUCAAAGCUCCCAUCUCCCGUCAAAGCUCCCAUCAGAUCUCUCGUCAAAGCUCCCGUCAAAGCUCCCGUUAGAUCUCUCGUCAUAGCUCCCGUCAAAGCUCCCGUCAAAGCUCCCGUCAAAGCUCCCAUCAAAGCUCCCGUCAAUGCCAUCGCCAAAGCUCCCGUCAAAGCUCCCGUCAGAUCUUCCAUCAAAUCUCCCAACAAAGCUCCCGUCAAAGCUCCCCUCCCGUCAGAUCUCUCGUCAAAGAUCCCGUCAAAGCUCCCGUCAAAGCUCUCGUCAAAGCUCCCGUCAAAGCUCUCGUCAAAGCUCCCGUCAAAGGUCCCAUCAGUCUGA